GCAUGAAUGGUGAGGUCAUAGGUGGCUAAGAAAAGUGACCCGAGAGAAUGAACUUGAGCAAGAAAAGCGGCUUCAUCCAAUAGCAUCCACUAUUUUCUCACACAAGUUUAUUACUACAAUCCAAAUUAGGAGAAUGGAGGAUAGCAUAUGGGAAUAGAAUAGGAUAGCAUACAAAGCUGCACUCAAGGUGUUUGUGUAUUUGUCUGUGUGAGAAAUGGGGAAGUUGACACUCCCAUUUGUGGGGAUGAUCAUGGCCGAACUUGCUCAAGUUGGAUUAAUCAUACUCAGCAAGCAAGUCAUGGCAAAAGGAAUGUCCAGCUUCAUCUUCAUUUUUUACUCCAAUUCCCUUGCUUCCCUUAUUCUUCUCCCUUCUUCCUUCUUCAUCCACAGAUUUAACCGCCCUCCAAUUACCUUCUCCACCAUUAUUGGAUGCUUCUUCCUUGGACUACUCGGUUUUAUGGCACAGGCUUUUGGGUAUGCUGGUAUUAACUACAGUUCAGCUACACUCAGCACUGCAAUGCUCAACCUUGUUCCUGGCUUUACCUUUGUACUUGCCGUUCUUUUCAGGUUGGAACAAUUUGAUUGGAAAAACUCUAGCAGUGUAGCUAAAUCAUUGGGAACAAUAGUAUCAAUUGCUGGUGCAUUCAUUGCCACUUUGUACAAGGGCCCUGCAAUUCUGAUGGGACUAUCACCUGCUAACUCAUCUCUGCAGCCACUUUCGUCACAAGAUCCCAACUGGAUACUCGGAGGAUUAUUUCUUGCACUGGAUUGUGUGAUGGCUUCGGCAUUUUUAAUCGUACAGGCUUAUGUUCUUAAGAAAUAUCCAGCAGAGUUCAUUGUUGUAUUCUUUUAUUGCUUCUUUGUGGCCAUUCAAUCUGCUGUGACCUGUUUGGUUGUGGAAAGAGACAUCGAUGCUUGGAGCUUGGAACCGAUGCAAAGAUUGCUCACAGUUCUAUACUCGGCAGUCUUUGGUUCUGUCUUUCAAGUUGGUGUUGCUACUUGGUGUUUACACCAGACAGGACCUGUUUUUGUUUGCAUGUUUAAGCCUGUAGGAAUCAUCAUAUCAGUGGUCAUAGGCGUUGUUUUCCUCGGCGAUGCAUUCUAUCUUGGAAGUUUGGUUGGUGCUACUGUGAUUGUUGUUGGGUUUUAUUCUGUACUGUGGGGAAAAGCCAGAGAUAUUGAACAAGUUAGCUUGGAAUCAAGGGGGAAACAAACCCCUCUUUUGAAAGAAAACAACAUUGAAGAGAUAUAAAUGUGUUGGAUGGUUCAUUCUAAAGGAUGCUACAAUUCUGCCACCAAAUUAGGCAUUUUCUAUUUUUUUAGUCACAGCAAGUGGCUAUCAUACUGCCAUAACCCUUUAAAUCUGUGACAAAUUCUGUUACAAAAUAUUGGAAGAAAAUUAUUAUGGUAGUAUUUAUGUCGGAUAUUUGUACCAUUGGCUUUAAAUAAGGGGGGUAUGUUAAUCCAUGUAUGUAUAAAUAAUACUGGAUAAAUGGGGAAGUCUUUGAAAGUUCUCUAAUACACUGGAAUGUUUCUCCUUAA